CCGUUCUCACAGUGAAAAUUGCUGACCAAGAAGUCUUUGCGUCAACAAGCAAGAACAUGAGGCCAUUUUAGUACCAAGAAAGCCAAAACAGCAGGAGUUGCUGAAAUUAGAUGAUCAGCGACCACACCGACACUGUGCUUCUAACAACAAAGUAAAUUCUACUUGUGCGUGUGCUUUUUUUCAUCCUGGUAGCAGAAAGUUGAAAAAUGGGAGCAAUCACCGUUAUUAAAGGAUGGUCCGCAAACUGCAUGCUGUGUUCCAUGUUCAUCUUGUACAUACCAGUACUUCUGUGUUCCUUCCAUGUUUAUUGCGCUGAUAGAGUUUCUUUGAGGCAUGGUGAGUGGAUUAGAGACAAUGACGAAACUCUGGUUUCGCCUGGAAGAAAGUUUGAAUUAGGAUUCUUUGGUCCAACUGGAAGUUCUAGAGACAAAAGGUAUGUUGGAAUAUGGUACACUUCGGAUAAGCAAAUAGUUGUAUGGGUUGCCAAUCGAGAUAGCCCGCUUAUCAAUACUACCACUGGAGCUUUCGGAUUUACAACAGAUGGCUACCUCACGGUAUUAGAUAUGAGUAGUGGGAAGGUUCAUUGGUCUUCUGGACGUGAUAGUUAUUAUUGGUGUGAUCCGUGUACAACUGCAGACUGGAUUCUGAAUCUCACGGAUUCUGGAAACCUGGUGCUAUUCGAUAAUGAGACAAGUCUAUGGGAGAGCUUUAAUAAUCCAACUGAUACAUUUCUCCCAAACAUGACUAUGGAUCGAUACAUGAACUUAACUUCUUGGAGAGACCGUGAUGACCCUGGAACUGGGAACUUCACGUUUAUGCUAGAUACAGCAGGAAAUUCGAACACACAAAUCAUCAACAAAGGGGGGAAUAUUUACUGGAAAAGCUUGGAGAAUGGUGGGUAUUACUCUAUCGUCACAACAACAAAAGGUCAAAAUAGUUAUGAUUUUGAGAAUGCAAGGUUGGUGAUGAAUUUUAGUGGGAAGAUAGAGUAUUGGGAACAAAGCACAAACGGGACUUGGUCGUUGUUUGAUGUGCAUCCGAGUGACAAUUGUAGUGUUUACGAUUUUUGUGGAAAAUUUGGUAGCUGUAAUUUAAAAAAUAAUAAAUUGCCAUGCAAAUGUUUGCCAGGGUUCGUGCCUCAUGUCCCUCAGAAGUGGUAUUCUGGAGAUUUUUCGGAUGGGUGCACCAGAAAUUCGACGUCCUGUGGCAAUACCUUCUUGAACUUAAAGAUGAUGAAUAUAGGCGGAAGACCAGAACAAAUUCACCAGGUCGGAAACGAAACAGAAUGCAAAGAGUUGUGCCUUAAAAACUGCGACUGCGAGUCUUAUAGUUAUAAUCAAGACUCAGAAAUGGCAUGCUGGAUUUGGACGCAGGAGCUAUUUAAUCUUCAAGAGGAGUAUGUUGAAGGUUAUAACCUCUCCAUCCGUGUAGCAAUUUCGGAUAUAGAACCAACUGUACAAAAUUGUGAGCCUUGUGGCACAAACAUGAUCCCUUAUCCACUUAGCACUAGCUCAAAUUGUGGUGAUCCUAUGUACUUCAGUUUCAAUUGCAACACUACCUCUGGCCAGGUUAGCUUCAAGGCCCUCAGUGGGACAUAUCGAGUCACUAGUAUCGAUCAAAAUACAUCAAAGGUUUUUAUCCAAGUCAAGGAUGUAGGAAGUUUGCGGCUAAACCAGUCAUUGCCAUUUAAUCUAACUACUCCAAGAAACUCUAGUUCUAAUGUUUCAUCUAGAGUUACAGAUGAUGUUGAGAUUGUUUGGGAGCCACCACUGGAGCCACUCUGUAAUUUAUCUGCAGAUUGCAAGGAUUGGCCACAUUCAACUUGCGAAUCAGCAAUUGAUGGGAAGAGGAGGUGCCUUUGCACCAAAAGCUUUCGAUGGGAUGGCACAAAGUUAAGUUGUACACAAGUGUCUCACAAAAAAAAGAACCUAUUACGUGCAAUUAUCCCAGUGAUUACUGCAACUUUGAUGGUUAUUGCAUGCUGUUACUUGUAUUAUUUGAGAAGAAGAAAAGUGGCCAACGGACAAGAAUCAGUUAACAGGGAAAGAAAUCAGGGAAACGCAGCAUUUCGACUGUAUGACAGUGAACGAAGUGUCAAAGAAUUGAUAGAUUCAGACCAAUUUAGAGAAGAUGAUAAAAAAGGCAUAGAUGUACCAUUUUUCAAUUUGAAAAGUAUACUAGCAGCAACAGAUUACUUCUCAGAUACAAAAAAGCUUGGACAAGGGGGCUUUGGGCCUGUUUACAAGGGUUCAUUUCCAGGAGGACAAGAAAUUGCUAUAAAGAGGCUCUCGAGUGGUUCAGGGCAAGGCUUGGAGGAAUUCAAGAAUGAGGUUGUUUUGAUUGCUAAACUUCAGCAUCGGAAUCUUGUUAGACUUUUGGGUUAUUGCAUAGAAGGAGAUGAAAAAAUGUUACUCUAUGAAUACAUGCCAAACAAGAGUUUAGACUCAUUUUUAUUUGAUCGAACUCUAUGCGUGUUACUGAAUUGGAAGAUACGCUUUGACAUCAUUUUGGGAAUUGCUCGAGGGCUGCUCUAUCUUCACCAAGAUUCGAGGUUGAGGAUCAUUCAUAGGGAUUUGAAAACAAGCAAUGUUCUUCUGGAUGAGGAGAUGAACCCCAAGAUUUCUGACUUUGGCUUGGCAAGGAUAUUUGGAGGCAAACAAACUGAGGCAACCACGACAAGGGUGGUUGGGACUUACGGCUACAUGUCUCCAGAAUACGCAUUGGAUGGGUUUUUCUCAGUGAAGUCUGAUGCCUUCAGCUUUGGUGUAGUUGUACUUGAGGUUAUCAGCGGAAAAAAGAACACCGGAUUUCACCAGUCAGAACAUACUUUGAGUCUUUUAGGUUAUGCAUGGAAAUUGUGGAAAGAAGGCAAGGCUUUAGAUUUAAUGGACCAAACAAUACGUGAAACUUUUAAUGCAGACGAAUUUUUGAGGUGUGUUAACGUUGGGCUUUUAUGUGUACAAGAAGAUCCAAGUGAUCGUCCCACAAUGUCGAAUGUGGUUUUCAUGCUUGGUAGUGAAACUGCAACUCUCCCAACUCCUAAACAACCAGCCUAUGUUUUAAGAAGAUCCCUCUCUAGUGCAACUUCUUCUACUACUAAACCAGAAAGCUGGAAUGAAUUAACAUCUACCAUUGAAGAAGGACGAUAAUGGUGGAUAGCAUACGGGCUCUCAUGAUUCUUGUUUUCUCUUUAUCUGUCCUGCGGAAGUUUCCAGUAUUCUUACUAUGGUUCUCAAAGGAACAAUUAAGGCAUAUUUCUUGUCGGUAAUAUUGAUACUUUUUUUAUUUAUUGUCCCUGAUAAGUGAUAAAAUUGUAUCCAAUCUAAGUCUGAUUGUUUCCUAUUUGAACCUCCUUUGUAUUUAUUGUACUUUAUUGACUUCUGAUUUUCUCUAA